AUGGCGGCCUCAAUGAAAUUCCUGGAAUCCCUGUUCAGUCUCGCGGGCAAGACCGCCGUCAUCACCGGCGGGAGCUCAGGAAUCGGGCGCGAGAUGGCCGCAGCCUUGGGCCAAGCAGGCGCCCAAGUCAUCCUCCUCGCCCGCCGCCAGCAACCACUCUCCGACGCCGUCCACGACUUCAAGAAGCUCGGCAUCGAGGCGCACGCCUUCCCAUGCGACGUCCGCGACACCGACGCCCUCGCCGCCACCGCCGCCGCCAUCGAGCAGCAGCUCGGAGGCGUCCCGGACAUCCUCAUCAACGCCGCGGGGGUCAACCACCGCCCGCCCAUGGACCAGCUCACCCUCGGCGACUGGCAGGCGACCAUGGCGGCCAACCUCACCGCGCCCUUCCUCCUCGGCCAGGCCUGGGGCCCGCGCAUGGCCCGCCGGGGCAGCGGCCGCAUCGUCAACAUAGCCAGCCAGCAGGCCUUCCGGGCCUUCGGGAACAGCGGCGCCUACGGGGCGUCCAAGGGCGGGCUCGUGUCCCUCACGCGGUCGCAGGCCGAGGCGUGGUCCGCGGACGGGGUGCUCUGCAACGCCGUCGCGCCGGGCAUGGUCCGCACGCCCAUGACGGAGGCUGCCGUCUUCGGCGACGACGGGGGCGCAAGGGCCCAGGCGCACGCGAGGCGGACCAUGACUGGGAGGAAUGGGGUGCCGGGGGACUUUGCGGGUGUUGCCGUGUACCUGGCGAGCGAGGCGAGCGCGGCGGUGACGGGGCAGACGAUAUUUGUGGAUGGGGGCUACUCUGCUACGUGA